UCGCCAGUCAGAACGUCCACACCACCGUGCACAACGUCCUCACGUCGUGCAGCCUUCCAACGGACAAUCUUGAUUCGCUCAACCCGAAACCGCAAUCGAAGUCAGCCGGUGGCAGGCCGGAGCACAGGCAGUCGCCGGCGUCUGCGAGGUACGAAUACGAGCCUCCAGCGGGCGAUGACUUCUUUGCUCGCCACGAAUGGACAGGUGGAUGGUCGACCUGCGUACAAUCUGGAGAGGUUCUUGCGCGAGAACAUCCACACUGCGCGCGAACGCUCGGCUGCGAGCGGUCCCGUGCGAGAAGAAGUGUUUCGCCUGUCCAAGGAGACGGUUGCUGAGCUGAGCCUCCAGGACCUGCGCUGGGAGUGCGACUGGGGAUCGGGUCACUACCGCGGAUCUCUCGAGAGCUUCCGGCGGCUAUGCCAGCAGCACCCCGACGUCGCUGCCAGCAUACGCGGCCGCCGCUUCAUUCUCGGCAGAACAACGGGCGUCUCGCUCGACGGCCACAUCGUGCUGAGCAUCGAGGACGUGCGCCACAGCUGGCUGUCGCUGCUGCGUUCGCUGGCCCGCUACGACGCUUACGUGAGGCUGGUACCGCCCGCCGAGCGCGCCCUAUCGGAGACGCUUACGGGGAUUCGUGUCGAGCACCGCAAGUUUAAGCCGGCAGUAGCAGCCAAGGCGUAUGUGCAGCAGCUGAGCAAGCUAACCAUGGCACUCUAUAGACACAUUUGGACCAAGGGCCUCCCUGAUGACUGGCCAGUACGUCUCACAGACUACCAGUUGGGUGUUGAAUGCGAAGCUGGCCCUCUAAUGCUGUCCCCUACUGGACAGUUCUUGACGCCAGCCUCCUGCCCACCGGCACUUCUCGUAGAUUUCAUUGGCUCCCAGUUGUCCACGGCCGAACAGAGACGUCUUCUCUACAGAAGCCAGCGACGCGUUGAAACACAGCUCCACCAGCUGUGUGUCGAAACACUAAAUCUGGAGUCGCUUUCGAAAGAGGAUGAUGUUACGCCAGAUCGGAUGGCACUUUGCUGCGAGCGGCUCCUCAGGGCAGCGUUGUGGCUGGAGCCACUGCUAAGCGGCUGCCGUCUCCACGUGUCCCACUACUGUAGUGUCCUCCAAGAUGGCCUAAUCUGCCUGCCAUGGGACUGGCACGAGUAG